UGUUAACUGGAUAGUUUUGGAAAUAACCGCCAACUGUUUUGGUAUUGUUGUGAUAAUUAUCUUACUUUUUAAUAAUGAUUUCUGUCUGUUUAUCAUUUAUUGGUUGAAUUUAGAUUAAGCGUAAAAAGAUGGCUCAAUUUCGACAUACUGCCAGAGAGUUAGUGAUCACGUAUGUGAAAAGUGAUGGUAAUUUGUUGAAGUUUUGGGCUUUACCAGCCACAGCAUUGGAAGUGGUAAAAAAUUUGGAAAACCAUUAUGCAAAGGUGGCUAGUGAACAUGAUAAAAUGUCGGGUUAUAUGCGUAACUCUCAAACGCCUGUGGGAAUGAAAUUAAGUGUUAAAUCAAAAAUUAAAAGACAGUGGUGUAGAGCACGUGUCUUGGAUCAUUCAGGAUACACAGACAUUUUAGUGCAGUUAAUGGACUACGGUAAUGAAGAAAAAAUUUCUGUUACGGAUGCAAGAAGAAUCGAAGAUAGACUAAUAUCAAUUGAACCGCAGGCUGUUGAGUGCAUUCUGGCAGAUGUUGUGCCUCCUGGUACCUCUGAAUGGCCGCCUGAAGCGGUCGAAUUUUGUGAGUCACAUUUAUUAUAUCAGACUUUAUCUUGUUAUGUUGUGUCAAGCUAUUUGAAUACACCAGUCGUGCGUGUAGCGAAAGGUGGUGAAAGUGAACCCUUUGUACAGAGACUUAUUAACAGUGGCUUGGCUUUGAUUAAACAGGAAAAACCCGUUCCUCCAGCUGUAUCAUAUAAAGUUAAUACUAUGGAUGCGAAUACUGCACACCUUGUUAAAGUUUCCCAUGUUGAAAGUAUCCGUAAUUUCUACGUGCAACUUGCUGCAGCUGAAGUGGAGCUGCAGCGAUUGAUGGAUGCCAUUCAAAAAUAUGUUGCGCAGGAAAGUUUAGCAUUAGUAAAUGUUCCUCGUGAUUCAGCUGCUUGUUUGGCUGAGUCAGAUCAUUUAUAUCGCCGAGCACGUAUACUCUCAGUAUUACAAGGUAAAUGUAAAAUAUUUUAUGUUGAUUAUGGCUAUACAGAAACAAAAGAAUUUCAAGAGUUAAGAGCUAUACCGCAGUUUUUCAUGACACUUCCUGCUCAAGCAAUUUGUUGUUCAUUGUCUAGUGAUGACCGAGAAGAACUGAGACUAGUUACUAAGGGUUACCACCUUCAGUGCUUUGUUCUUGGAUAUAAUGGAGAUAAAUGUAUAGUCAGUGUGAGACGACAUGGACAAGACAUUAUUACUCCACGCCGCAUUUCUCCACAAAUGCCAGUCUAUUCAGUAACAUACAGAAAACAAAAAUUGAAUCUUGGAUCUAGCAUUGAAGUAACAGUAAGUUCAAUAACUGACAUUACUGAGUUCUAUUGUCAGUUGUUAUGUUUCAAAGAUCAGCUAGAAGCUAUCACAUUUAAAUUGAAUUCUGGAUAUAUUUUUGAAUCUUUGCAUAUUAAUGAGUGUAUCCCUGGCCAAGCAAUUUGUGUGAAAUUUCAUAAUAAAAUAUGGUACCGGGCUGAAAUACUCAAAGUAAAUCAUGAGCAGGAUAUUGAAGUCUUGUUUGUAGAUAUUGGUAAUUACGAGAAAGUCAGUUUAGCAAAUAUUCGAAAGUUGAAUUUAGAAUUAUUGAAUUUUCCAUGUCAAGCAUACAAAUGUUGUCCAUAUGAAACGGGAAAUAUUUUGAACGGUGUGCCGAAAGAAGAAGUACUUUCUUUGUUUCAAGAAUUGACUUUAGGGAAAAAUCUAAAAGCUCAAGUGCAAGCACUUACUGAAGAUAACAGUUACGUUAUAACAUUAUAUGAAAUGGAUUCAAAUAUUUCAGUUUUUCAAAAAAUGGAGUCCAAAAUUUUAUCUGCUAGUACAGUUCCUGUGUCUGAUGUAGAAAAUCUUUUUGUUACAAGUUUCACUUCACCUAGUUUAUUCUUUGCUCAAUUUGAAAAGCUUGAUUCAAACUUGCUUAGUGAAAUGCAAGAACAAAUAAAUGAAUUAUAUGGCAGCAAAAGGAACCUCAAAUACAUUCCUAUGGUAGGAAAUUUGGUUUGUGCUAAAUAUGAGGAGGAUAAUCAAUUUUACAGAGCCAUAGUGAUAAGUUUCAAAGGCUCUCAAUUUGAGGUGUUCUUUAUCGAUUAUGGAAAUCGAUGUAUAGUUUCUUUGCAUGAUAUACAUCCCAUAACAAAGGAAUUCAUUAAAUUUCCUGCCUUUGGAAUUGAGUGUUCUUUAGAAUCUUACCCACCUGGUACUCCUGUUGAUAAACUCUGUAGCUUAAUGUUAGAAAAUUCCAUUCAAGCCAGAAUGAUUGCAGAAAAAGAUAAGAAAUGGCUUAUAACGUUAACUGAUGAUUUUCCUAAUAAUGUAGCAAUUUUAGAACUGUUAAGGCAGCAUGAAAAUGUUGUACCUCGUCCCAUACAUGGUAUAGGUGGCUUCCAAGAUAACAGAACUAGAAAGGGAAGUAAAUACCAAUCUAAAAUCAAUGAAGGAGAUGAAAUCCAACCAAGAUUAGACAUGAAACAAUCGUAUAAAAAGGAGCAGGUUAUCAGAAAUCAGAUGCCCCGGGAAUCAGAAAACAUAGUGAAAACAAAGGAGUCUAAAGUAUUUCAGAAUUAUGAUGUUAUUGAAAUUCCUCCUAAUGCAUACAGAAAUGUUUAUGUAUCUCACGUAGUAAGUCCCAGCGAAUUUUUUUGUCAAAUUGAAGAAGAUAGUCCUAAGCUUCUAGUACUCAUGAAAGAUAUUGAAGAUAUGUAUACAUUUUUAAAUGAUAAUGAUUUAAAACUUUCAACAUUUGCUCUUAAUUCUCCCUGUUGUGCUAUUUUUCAAGAAGAUGGUGUAUGGUAUCGAGGACAGAUCAAAAAAAUAAAUUCAAAUUCAUGUGAUAUUUAUUUUGUAGACUAUGGUAAUACUGAUAUAGUUCCUAGCUCUAAAAUUAAAAUGCUGAAAACUGAAUUGCUUUCUUUACCACCGCAAGCUAUACGAUGUAAGUCAUUCAAUAUUAUACCUAAAACAGGAGCUUGGAGUGAUGCUGACAUUGAAGCCUUCCAAACAAUGACUUUAGAUAAAUCAUUCGUUGCCCAGUUUGUUGAACAGGAUGACCAUGGUGUAUAUUCUGUUAAUCUGGUUAGUAUUGGUAAAUUACAGGAAGAUGUUUUAAAUAAGGAGUUUGUAGAUUUAGGUCAUGGGCAACUGGCAGAUUCCAGUAAAAUUUUAGUUUUAAAUUCACAUGCAGCUUCAAGUAAUUUAACAUAUAAAUCUCUUGACAUAAAAAUUGGCUCAACAGAGCCUGUUAAAGUAACAUAUGGUUUAAACCCAGGAGAAAUAUUUUGUCAGCUGAAGUGCUAUAGCAAAGAAUUUGAGACUAUGAUGCGUAAUUUACAGGAUUAUUAUAAUAAAGUAAAUGAAGCAGAAGCUUUAGUAGAUCGACCACAUCCCGGAAUGAUUUGUGUUGCCCAAUUUUUCUUAGACUCUGCAUGGUAUCGAGCAGAAAUAAAGAAAGUAGAAAAGACAACUAUUGUGAUAUUUUAUGUUGAUUAUGGCAAUUGUGAAACUGUAGACAGGAAAAAAAUUCGCUGCAUUUUGCAAGAUUUCACAUUGCUUCCUACUCAAGCUGUUAGAUGUCGGAUCAGAGGUAUUAAACCACCUGGAAGAGCGUGGCCUUGUAAUGAAAAUAUGGGUAAAUAUUUUGAAGGAAAUGCUGAAUGUAAAUUUAUUGAAAAAGAUGACGAUUAUUAUUAUAUUGAUUUAACAUGCAAUGUGGAAAAUGUAGCUCAGAGACUUGUAAAAGAUAGGCUAGCUGUAUUUGAUGAAGGUAUUUCUGAAAGUGAACAGAUAUCAGUUGAGAAUAACAAGACAACUAUUCCAUAUAAAUCUAAAGCUGCAAGUACUUUGCCAGAAAGGGAGCAAGCUUUUGUUCCUGGCCAGUUGAUAUCAGUCAUUGUUUCAUACAUUGAAAGCCCCAGUAAAUUUUGGUGUCAGUCACUUGAUGAAUCCGAUAUGCUAGAGAAACUCAUGAGUGACAUUGAUGGAGUGUUCUCACAGAAAAAUUCAGUAUCAUCUGAUCUAUCUGCAUUAACUGUUGGUAGUUAUUGUAUGGCAAAAUUUUCUGAGGAUGAAGCAUGGUAUAGAGCUCAAGUCAAAGCCCAUGUGCCUGGAAGUGGAUAUGAAGUAUUUUUUAUAGAUUAUGGAAAUUCUGAAACUGUGCUUGAAUCUGAGGUUGCAACUAUCACAUCUGAUUUUAUGAAACUUCCUCCAUUGUGCUUUGAAUGUCAAUUGUUACAUGCACCUGCUGGCAGCAGUCUAGAUAAUAAUACUACAUUUCAAAAUCUUAUUGAUGAAGCUGAAGAAAUUACUGCUAAAAUAGAAGUAUCCUGUAAGAAUGUAUAUGUUGUUACAUUGUUAUAUGAUAAAGAUUCAGAAGAAGUUAAUAUAAACAAUGUUCUUUUUGGUUCAAGUGGUGAUGCACCUGAGGCUGUAUCAAAGGAUGCAUGUUUUUUAUCACCUGAUGUACCUCUUGGAUUGCAGGAUGGAUAUAUAACUGUCGUGAACUCGCCACAAGAUUUCUAUAUCCAGCUUUAUAGCUGUGAGGAUAGUUUAGCAGACCUUUCUACUAAAUUGUCUGAUGUUUGUGAAGCAAUGACAGAUGAUAAAACCUCAGUUCAGAACCCAUAUAUUGGUUUAGCAUGUUGUGCUAAAUUUUCUGAAGAUAAUAACUGGUAUAGAGCUGAAAUUCUUAAUUUAACAGAUACUACAUCUAGUGUUCUUUUUGUUGAUUAUGGAAAUGUAGAUGAUGUUCCUAAGACUUCAUUAAAAAUUCUUACUGAGGAUUAUCUUCAAAUUCCACCAUAUGCAAUUAAAUGCAAAUUAAAUGGCAUUGUCCCUGUUGCUGAGCAAUGGUCAGAGGAGGCCAUUACAACUUUUCAGGAUAUGGUUCUUGAUUCUCCACUUGCAAUAACCUUCAUUUCUAAGGAUAUACCAGCUAUUGUAAAUGUUGCCAAAGAUGACAAAGAUGUUGCUCAGUAUCUUGUCGAUAUGGAAUUAGCUAAUGUUGACACCUGCACUGAAGCAGAAGAAGCUUAUGCUGAGGAUCACUUAACUUCUCCAUUGGAGGAACAGUUUUCUCUCUCUAAUGACCAGAGUUAUCCUAACCGUAAGCUUAGCUCAUCAAAACUCUUAGUUAAAAUUUCUUAUGUUGAUACUUACAAUAAAUUUUAUGUCAUACCCUUGGAAUUAAGUACUGAACUGGAUACAAUAACUAAAACUCUUGAACUUCUUUAUCGGCCGGAUGCUGAUAAGCCACCAGUACCUAUUGAACCUGAAGACAUUAAGGGAAACAUGCCUUGUGUUGCAAAGUGUGGAGAGGGAACAUGGUGUAGGGCUAUAAUAACAGAAGUAGAUGGAGAUAAUAUAUAUGUUACUCUAGUUGAUCAUGGAAAUCCAGAGCUGUUAUGUAUAAAAAAUCUCAGAGCUAUUAAUCCAGAACUUGUUGAAAUACCUCCUGUAGCUGUAGAAUGCAGUUUAUUUGGGGUCCAAGCUAUAGAAGGAAAUGAAAAAAAAAUAACAACUAAACUAGAUGAAUAUUUUUUAGAGGAAACGGAGCUAAUGAUGGAAAUUUGUGAAUCUAAGCCUUAUAAAGUUAAACUGAACUGUAAUGGUGAUUUUGCUGAAAUGUUGAUUGCAGAAGGUUUGGCCAAAUUUGAUAUCUCUGCAAAAACUGAGCAGGUCACAGAUAAUUUCGUAAGUGGUUCAAGUAUAAUAGCUGAUGAAGAGCCCCCUAAAGUGAAGAAUAUCAUGACUACCUAUUCUGUCACUGGAUUAGAUGAAAUGUUGGGGAAUGUUAAAUAUGCUGAAAUUGUGAAUGAUUUAAUUAUUUUGCAUGUAGUACCAGUUGAUGCAGACUUAAAGUUAGAAGUCAUGCAGGAAAGGUUACAAACUGUUUAUAACGAAUCUGGAAACAAAGUAAUACAGGUGAAGGAAAUGGACUUUUGUGUUGCUAAAUACACUGAAGAUGAAAGUUGGUAUCGAGCCAAAGUUAUAGCAUGCUGUGAUGACAAAGUAAAAGUUCAGUUUAUAGAUUACGGAAACUGUGACACUGUAGACACGGAAAAUAUUUGUGAACUUUUGCCUGAAUUUGUUGAGGCAUGCCAAUUUUCAAUCAAGUUCUGUCUUUCUGGUUUUAAGAUGUUUGAAAACAAAAGUGAGGAACUUCAGAAUAAAUUAGAUGAAUAUGUAUAUAAUGAACCACUGCUUUUGAAGUUAUGUAAAUAUAAGCAUGGUGUGCCUGGAAUAUGUACUGCAAAGGUUCUUUUCGGAGAUACUGACCUCGCAGAACUGCUUGUUAAUGAAGAGCUUUUAUUUCAGCAAUAUGUUUUAAAUUCUGAGCUUGACAAAAGUUUUGAAGCAACAAUGGAACAUAAUAAAGGUGGUAUAUUGUAUGUGCUCCCUGUAAAAUUGAAAGAAGAUCGUGUUAAUUUUCAGACUGAACUAGAAAAAUAUUGUAAUAAAUGUGAAAUGGUUACCAGUUUUAAUAAAUGGCAUUUGUAUGCUGCCAAAUACAAUGAACACUGGUUUCGUUCAAUUGUCCUGAGUUGCUCAUCUGAUGAAGCUGAUGUCAAAUUUGUUGAUUUUGGCCAGGAGGCUAGGGUAAAAAUCUCUGAUUUAGUAUCAUUACCUGAUGAAAUGAGUCAUCAACCUGUAUUUUUGCAGCCAUGUGUUGUGAAAGAAAUAAAAGGUGUCUUAGAUGAUAGUUAUGAAAAAAUAUUGGACAAGAUUCCAUCUGAUACUGCAGUUUUUUGUGAAUUGCUGGAAACUCGAUCAUAUCCACUUGCUGUAAAAUUAUCAUUUAUUGAUCCUGAAUUUUCAUUGCUAACUGACAGUGCUGAUGAAGCAUCAAAAACAUACUGUGAUUCUGUAGAAAAGGAAGAUGCUGAGAAUGCCAUAAAAUCAGAAUCUGACAAUGAAUCCCAACCACAGUUAAAUGAUAAUGAUGAAUCUUCAUUAAUUCAUGAUUUGAAUUCAAAUACUCAGGGUCCAAAAAUUAACGAAGAAUUGGAACCUCCAAAUAAUAAGUAUUCUGAUAAGUCUGAUGAUUUGGGAUUUGAUGAUUCUGUUAUAAAUUCUCAAAAUUUGCAACCCAUCUUAAAUGACCUAAGUACGAAAGAAGUUGAAGUUUCAAAUGAAGAAACCAAACUAGAGAAACAAUUUACUGAUUUUGCUAAAGGUGAUGAUUUCGAUAAUUUUGUGAAUAGAGAUGAAUAUAUAUUAGGUGAUGAGCACCAUGAUAAUUUUUCAGAAAAUGAACCUUUUUCAAAUGAUAAGGAGGUGAACCAAAAAAUAGAUGAUGAAAAUUCAGAUGAAUUCAAAUUACCUGCUGAGCAGUUUGAAUCAGUUCCAGAGUUAGAUGAAUAUGAAGGUAUCAAAAGGAAAGAUGAAAUCUUGCCAUCACUUAACGCCAAGGAUUCUGGUUAUAAUUUAGAAAAUAGCAAUGAAAUGAUUGAAGAUAAUCAUGAUGUAUUAUAUGGUAAUGAUAUUCCUGAAUAUAAAGAAAGUAUAAAUGCUAGCAGAGAACCCAUGCAGCUUAUGAACACUACAGUAAAUGAUAUUUCUAAUGUUGAGACUAGUUUUGCUAAUAAAGUUCCUAAACCUUCUGAUUGUGAAACAUUUGUUGAAGGAUCAACAGAUAAUCGCCACUUAUCAGGAUCUGUUAAGGUUAUUGUGUCUAGUAUAGCAAUAUCUGAUGACGGUUCCAUUAUCUUAGCUGUGAUACCUAUGCAAUUUCAAGAGCAGCUGUCUAAUUUUAACAGCGACCUAAAUUUAGCUUAUUCUUCCAAAGAUUUAUCUUCUAGUUAUAAUCCAGAAUCAAAAUUUUGUGCUGUGUUUACAGAUGAAAACGAAUGGCGGAGAGCUCAGGUAAUUCAUGAAGAAGAAAAAUUGACAGUUUCAUUCAUUGAUUAUGGAGUCAUAGACAGUGUUGACAUCAGCACAGCUCAAGAUUUAGAUCCAAAGUUUACUAGCAUUCCACCAUUUGCUGUGUGGUGUACUCUUGCUGCUAUUUCAUGUUCUUCUGAUAAAAGUAUUACAACAAAAGAAUACCUGGAAAAUACUGUAAAAAGUAAAGAAGCAGUAAUUACAAUAAUUGAGGAUAAUGAACCUUAUCAAGUUAGCUUAUAUGUUGAUGGUUUGGACAUUGUAAAUGAAUUAUUUUUAAAUGAUAUGGUGGGUUGUAAAUUUGGUACAGCUAACAUUGAACCAGGUCAUUACAGUGCAAAGAUGUCACAUUUAACUACUGAACUCAAACAUUUAGAAUUAUUUGUAAAUCUGAUCCCACAAUGGGAGUGUUUUGAGAGACUUCAAUCUAGCAUGCAAAAUGCAUAUAGUGUAAAAAAUGAGAAAACGCAAGUAAGAAAAUUGCAGGCAUAUGCUGUAUGGCAUAAUGGCAAAUGGUCUAGAUGUACGAUUUUAUCUUGUGAUGAUGAAAUUAUUCUUAAUUUGAUAGACUCUGGAGAAAAAAUUUCUUACUCUUCAACUUUAUGCCCUCUUUUGCCAGAACACUGUUUGCAUCCUCCUUAUGCAAUUCCUUGUGAAAUUCCUUCAUUCCUAUGCACAGGCCAGAAAGAUACAGCAGAUAUGUUGAAUGAUAUCUUUAGUAGUGGAUUUCUUGUUUAUGUUGAAAGAGAUGUUCAUACAAACAGUUUGGUCUCUAGGUUAGAAGAUACUACUAUAUUAAUUAGACUCAAAAGCAUGCAAGAAAUACUUUCAUGUCCUGACCUAGAAGAAUCUACAUCUGAUCAAGAUUUUGAUCAAGGUGAAACUGCCCAAGAAACAAUAAAUGUUUCUCAUAGCGAUACAUCUGAACAAGAUUUUGAUCAAAGUGAACCUGCACAAGAAACAAUAAAUGUUUCCCACAACGACACAUUUGAACAAGAAUUUGAUCAAAGUGAAACUGCCCAAGAAACAAUAAAUGUUUCUCAUAGCGACACAUCUGAACAAGAUUUUGACCAAAGUGAACCUGCCCAAGAAACAAUAAAUGUUUCUUAUAAUGACUCAUAUUUAAAGUCUGAUGAAAUGCAAGAGCAAAAAGAAGAAUGUCCCCAGAAUGAAACAGAACCUUUUACUGAAAAGAUAGAAAAUCCACAAGCUGAUGACAAGAUAACACAGAAAGAGGAGUUAAGAUCUGAAUUACCUCAUGUUGUCUCUGAUUCAUUUCGUUCUGAACAAGAGGAAAAUAAGGAAGUGGCAUCAAAUGAUUGCUUAGAAAAAGAUGGAUCUGAAAAAGAUGACAUCAAUGAAUGUGAUGUGAGAGAAACUUCACAGGCUAUUGCCGAUUCAUUAGAUUUUGAGAAGAGAGAAGAAAAAGAACUGAGAGUAAAAGAGGCAUUAGAAGACAAUUUAAAAAAUGAAGUUGUGUCAGAAAAUGCACACAUUGAUUCUGAAUUACGUGCAUGUGAUGCAGAACAGGAAAGUAUUUCAAAAUGUGAACAGUUUCAUGAGAGUUUUAGAAAGACUGAAUUACUAGAAACAACACAUUCAUCUUCAUCUAACAAACCAGAAAAAGAAGAAAUAAUAGGUUAUUUAAAAGAAUCAUUUUCCACUCAGCCAUUGCAAGAGUGCAGUGAAAGAAUAGACUAAAUAUCAUUUCGUGUGGAUUUUAUCAUUUGCUUUGCAGAUUAAAAAUUGCUAUUUGUUGAAAAUGUGUUAUUCUUAAUUCAUUUUAUGACUCAUCUUACAUCAGAGUUCUUCAUUUUCUUUUAUUGAUCAGAAAUGAAAAUGAAUAGUCAUAAAACUCAAGUAAUUUCUAAAGAAACUUAUGUGCAAAUGUUAUUCAUAUUAAAAUUACUCUGUUAUCUCAUAUGCUCAUGUUUCAACUGUAUACUAGAAGACAUUUUGAUAUUUGUAUUACUUUUUUUCCUGCUAAGUUACUGUUUGAUAUUUUCCUGUUCAAAUAAAUAUAAAUUUCUAUA